CGGUAAUGCUCCUAAAUGCUGGCUGCCAACCGCCAAUCAUAUCAAAAGAAGAAGAAGAAGAAGAAGAAGUCUGGUCUCAGGCAUUCCGAGUCUUCCCAGCAUCCUUUGCGCGCCGACGUGGGAGGACAUCUUUCCGGAGAGGACCGAGGACACAUCAAGAAACGUCCCAAGUACCUUUUAGGCGUCUGUUUUAAGAUUGUAAAGAUGUCUGAAAAUAUCGAUGAGAAGAUCAGGAGCUACAGGACUGCUCCCUUUGACGCCCGAUUUCCCAACACCAACCAGACCCGCAACUGUUUCCAGAACUACCUGGACUUCCAUAGGUGCAACAAGGCCCUGUCAGCCAAAGACCAGGAUGUGGCUCCAUGUGACUGGUACCAGAGGGUUUACAAGAGCCUCUGUCCCAUGAGCUGGGUUGCCAAAUGGGAUGAGCAGAUAGAGAAUGGAAGUUUCCCAGGGAAGGUCUGAAAUCGCCAGGCCGUUGGUCAUCAGGACAGUCCACUGCAGGACAUUCUGUUACUUGCACGUUUACCUCGGUAGUGUGCCUAAGGACAUCUUCAAACAGCUAUCACAUCAUCUUUGAUAUUACUGUUACUAACUUAAACUAGAAACACGCACAACUUUUUACCCUGCAUGUAAAGGUCUAAAGCUUGUUUCCUGUCUUGACUGUAAAUUACUUUUCAGAAUUGUUUAAUCAAUAAAUGCAGUGCUAAAUUCA